AUGUCAGGAGCCCCCAGGGAGAGUUUGCCGGGGCUGCCAGGGCUGGGCAAGGCCUGCUUAACCACCAUGGACCAAAAGCUUAACGUGCUGGAUGAGAAGGUUGACAAACUCUUAAAUUUCCAAGAAGAUGUCAUGGAGAAACUGCAAUGUGUGUACCGAGGCAUGGGCCACCUGGAGCAAGGCCUGCACCGGCUGGAGGCCUCCCGUAUUCUGGGCCCAGCUGGGGCCAACCGCACUCCCCCCGCUGACAUGCAGGCUGGGUGGCCGGAGGUCCUGGAACUGGUGAGGGCUGGGCGGCAGGAUGUUGCCCAGCAGGGCGCCAGGCUGGAAGCCCUCUUCCGGAUGGUGGUGGCUGUGGACAAGGCCAUAGCUUUGUUGGGGGCCGUGCUCCAGAACUCGAAGGUGGUGGAUUUUAUCAUGCAAGGGAGUGUCCCCUGGAGGAAGGGAAGUCUGGCCGAAGGCCCUGCGGAGAACAAAGAGCGAGUGGAAGAGAAAGGAGCAAAACCAAAGCACACGCUGAGCACCAGAGGUGUGCAAGCUGAGCUCAAGGGGCCUUGGGAAGAGAGCCAGAAGGUGGACCUGCCAGAGGGGACAGUGGAGAGGUUGCCCCCCAUCAGUUCUUCGGGGAUAGGAGCUGACCUCCUUACCCAGGCAGAGACCUCACCAGGGCAGGGAGACGGAGUUCCUGGCCCAGCCCAGGUACGCCCAGAGGUGGAAGCCAAAGCUCCUGUAGCAUCCAGCGAGAACCCCAGGACGGGCCUGGAAUUGUCUGUGGUGUCUGAAAGGGUCAGUGAGGCUCCCACCGGCCAGGAGGCUGCAUCGGGUGCAGGACGAGGAACAUCAUCCAGUAGGCCUGACCCUCGGCCCUCGGAGGAGGGCAUGAGGCUGACUCCAGCGCUGCCAGCCCAGGCCAAGUCAGCUCACGGUGGUGGAGAAACACCUCCAAGGAUCUCCAUCCAUGUGCAGGAGACAGACAUCCCUGGGGAGCUACUUGUGACACGAGGUGGUAGCCUCAGAACCACGCCCCCUGCAGAGGCUCUAGCAGCUGCCCAUCCAGGUGAGCAGGACUCACCUGGGCCCAGGUGCUACCCCCAGGCCCCUGGGACUGAGUCAGGAAAACAUAUCCCAAAAGGAGCCGGGGUGUUUUCCCCACUGUGGAAGCGGAGCAGCGACUGCGGAGCAAAGGCCAAAGAGAAACAGGGAUCUGGGCCUGAGCCCGCCAUGGCACCAAGCAGGGCCUGGAGGGACAAGGGAGCCGAUGCUAGGACCCCAGGCCUGCAGCAAGACACAGGCCCAGGAGCAGGGAACCCUGAGCCUGGAGAAGACUGCACAGCCAGGGGCACGAGCAGAGCCGAAGCAGGAAGGAGGACACCCCCGGGAGCUGAGGCGGGCAGCCUGUUUCUGGACGACAGUCCAGCCCCGCCAGCCCCCUUCGAGCAUCGAGUGGUGAGUGUCAGGGAGACCUCGACCUCAGCGGGCUACACAGUGUGCCAGCACGAAGUCCUGGGAGGGGGCCGGUUUGGCCAGGUCCACAGAUGCACGGAGAAGGCCACGGGCCUCUCGCUGGCGGCCAAGAUCAUCAAAGUGAAGAGUGCCAAGGACCGGGAGGAUGUGAAGAACGAGAUCAACAUCAUGAACCAGCUCAGCCAUGUGAACCUGAUCCAGCUCUACGAUGCCUUUGAGAGCAAGAACAGCUUUACCCUUGUCAUGGAGUAUGUGGAUGGGGGUGAGCUCUUUGACCGGAUCACAGAAGAGAAGUACCACCUGACUGAACUGGAUGUGGUGUUGUUCACCAAGCAGAUCUGCGAGGGUGUGCAAUACCUCCAUCAGCAGUACGUCCUGCACUUGGACCUCAAGCCUGAGAACAUACUGUGUGUCAAUCAGAUGGGACACCAAAUUAAGAUCAUUGACUUCGGGCUGGCCAGAAGGUACAAGCCUCGGGAGAAGCUGAAGGUGAACUUUGGCACUCCCGAGUUCCUGGCCCCAGAAGUCGUCAAUUACGAGUUUGUCUCGUUCCCAACGGACAUGUGGAGUGUGGGAGUCAUAACCUACAUGCUGCUCAGUGGUAUGUCGCCAUUUCUAGGGGAAACAGAUGCAGAGACCAUGAAUUUCAUUGUGAACUGUAGUUGGGAUUUUGAUGCUGACACUUUUGAAGGGCUGUCAGAGGAGGCCAAGGACUUUGUCUCCCGGUUGCUGGUCAAAGAGAAGAGCUGCAGAAUGAGUGCCACACAGUGCCUGAAACAUGAGUGGUUGAAUAACUUGCCUCCCAAAGCUUCUAAAUCGAAAGUUCGUCUCAAAUCCCAACUAUUGCUGCAGAAAUACAUGGCUCAGAGGAAAUGGAAGAAACACUUCUACGUGGUGACUGCUGCCAACAGGUUAAGGAAAUUUCCACCUUGUCCCUAA